GUCUGUCAAGACAGCCUGACCUCUCGUGUAGCAGCAGUGAGAUGUUCCUGCCGCUGCAAGAAAGUCAGGACGUACCUGUACGUCCUAAGGGGCUUUGUUGGAUGCCUUUUUAGGACGUACAAGGUUUAAUUUACAAACUCUGCUUUUCUUUCAAAAACAAGGACAUUUUAAGUGCCUCCAAACAUUUGAACAGUAGUGUACUUGUCAGGAUUUGUACGGUGGCAGUGAUGAUUCCUUGACAAACACGUUGUGGAAACACACUGUACUGCCCUAGACCCUCAAUCUGUACCAAUAUGCUAACUACUUCUAAUUAUUUUGCCAUAAUUACUGCAUUUCAACAUAAAUUGUACGUUCUAUUGUAUUUAUUACAUCCUUUGAUUGUAUUUAUUACAUGGUUUAGGGUUUGUGACCUAAGAAGAACAUGCUUUUAAACUGUCUCAUAACUUGAAUUAGAGUGUUGACAGCCCGGUUAAGAUGUACUGGAAUUUCAUUUCUCCCCGCUUUUCCUGCACAGAGACAAUAUAUGCCAGAUGCUCACUUGUAUGGGAAAUUGCUGGAGAACCUCCAAAGAUUCAUAAGUCAAAUGAAAAAAAACAAGGCACUCAGGAUGAAGUUUUGGUUUCUCCUGGUUUUGCUGUGUGCCAUCACUUUUCCAGGAUGCAUAUUUUCCGAACGAUGCGAUGACUGGGGAGUGGACACCAUGAAGCUAAUCCAAGUCUAUGAGGGAGAACCUGCUCGCAUCAGAUGCCCUCUCUUCCAGGACUUCCUGAAACAUAACUAUAGCACAGCACAUUCUGCGGGUCUAACCUUGAUGUGGUACUGGACAGGCCAAGGGAAAGACCUUGAGGAACCAAUUAACAUACGUCUGCCAGACAAUAGGAUCAAUAAAGAUAAGGACACUCUGUGGUUCAGGCCUGCUCUUCUCAACGAUACAGGGAAUUAUACCUGCAUGCUGAGGAACACUACUUUUUGUAGCCGGGUUGCAUUUCCAUUGGAAGUUCUUCGGAAAGAUCCAAGCUCUUGUGUGAGCCAAGCUGAGAAACCUCUUCUAGUGGAGCUUCCCUUGGAACACAGAGAGAUACUAACCUGCCCAGACACUGAUGGGUAUUUCCCUGCCAAUGUUACUCCAACAGUAAAUUGGUACCUGGCUUGUCAGUUAGUGGACGGUUUCACCGAAAGAUUUCCCAAAGGUCUCAACCUAACAUUUCUAUCAGUAAGGCAGCGAUAUGAAGGCAACUACACAUGUAUUGUGACAUACGAAGAGAAUGGAAAAUUGUAUAACCUCACCAGGACCAGCGCCGUUAAAGUGAUCGGUUCACCUUCUCUUUCAAAACCACCAUCUAUUACAACUCCAAGUGAUCAAAUUACUUAUGAGUUUGCACCGGGGGAAGACAUGUCUAUUCCAUGUGAAGUUUUCUUUUCUUUUGUGAAGGAUUCUCAUACUGAUAUUUGGUGGAUAGUGGAUGGAAAGAAUAUUGAAGAAAAUACUGAACCAAGAAUUAAUGUCACUACACGCACGAUUCCUGACAUUGCUGGUGCAAAAACCAUGGUGAAGCUUCUGCACAUCAAAAGCAUAAUUCCCGAGGAUCUAAAGCGCAACUAUACCUGUACUGCAAGCAAUAGCCUUGGGACGGUCUCCAGGCAAGCAAUUGUCAAAGAGAAAGUCGGCACUCCCAGAUACAUCACAGAGCUGGCGUGUGGACUUGGAGCCACGCUUUUCCUUGUUGUGUGCCUUAUCAUUGUGUAUCAUGUCUACUGGCUUGAAAUGGUGCUUUUUUACAGGGCUCACUUUGGAACAGAUGAAACUAUUGGGGAUGGAAAGGAAUAUGACGUAUAUGUGUCCUAUGCAAGAAACGCAGAGGAAGAAGAGUUUGUACUGGUGACCCUGCGGGGAGUGCUGGAAAAUGAAUUUGGCUACAAGCUGUGCAUCUUUGACCGGGAUAGUCUGCCAGGCGGAAAUACUAUGGAAGCCAUCUUUGAGUUCAUUCAGAGAAGUCGAAGAAUGAUUGUAGUGUUGAGCCCUGAUUACCUAACAGAUAAAAGCAUUAGCAUGUUGGAGUUUAAGCUGGGUAUUGUGUGUCAAAAUGCCAUGUGUACCAGUCUUAUCAUUGUGGAAUACAAACCACUCCAUGGUUCACAUACCACUAUAUCUAAGCUCAAGGGAACCACUCCUUUCGUCCGCUGGGAAGGAGAAAGUUCAAGACGGAGUAGUACCAGGUUCUGGAAGGCUUUGCGGCUUGCACUACCCUUGCGCAGCCUAACCACAAGGUCAAGCUGGAAUGAAAGCUGCUCCUCUCAGUCAGAUAUCAGCCUCGACCAAAUUCAGAAGAAGAAGAGACGUUUAAAAGGAGGGACUAUCACACAGCCUACAAAGGCCAAUGCCAAGGAUAAAAAUACCUCGUCGGGUGCAAUUAAAAUGAAAAAUGGCCCCAAGCAUGCCAGGGCCUGCCAAUGUUGCGUCACGUACUGUGACAGUGAAAACAGACUCAGGAGUAAAUGCAGGGCUGGUGCAAAGCCUAAUUGGGAGACACAUUUGUGCAAACCUGUUCCCUUUGGAAAUAGAACACAUUGGGUGCAAAACGGUACACCCCAGCAGGCACCCGCCCCACCGCCAGUCACAGCAUUCACUCUGCAACAAUAUACAGAUUUAUCCAAUAACAACAGUGACUUUUAUGUACUUUAACAAAAUAGUCCCAUGUGCUGAAUAAUCAAUUAAAGACCAUUUGAAUGCUGAUUUGAGCAUUAUCUGGACCAGAUAAUGCAAUCCUAACAAAGACUUGUGCAACGUGGUACCAUCUUCUACAUGGAAGGACUUUACCUUUGGAAAGUUCAGCAGAAAGCUUAAGCUUCGGGAACUAUUCAAACCUUAUUUAAUAUCAACAUUACAGAAUGAAAGUGAGGACGCUUGGCAAUUGUGUCUUCUGUUCUAUUUGCACAUCAUCUUUAACCAAUUUGAAUAUACCGUAAUUAUCUGGGAUGUUGUUUCUAACAAAACAAUGCAUUUUGUGUAAAUGAUGGGACUUUUAAUUGUCUCUAGUGUUAACCAGUCCCCAGUUUCUGGUUCUGUUAAUCUGUCAUCCAAACGCUGAAAAGAUUCCCGUCUUCCUCCAUAGCAACCAGAUUUGAUGUAAGAUAUAAUGCAGUGUUAAAUAAAUCUGUUCACACUUGCCAA